AUGACGGGACACGGUGGUCCUCUCCUUCCAGACUCGGCUGUCCGCGGUCAUGGAGACAGUCCUCAAGACCACUAUGUACGAAAUCACCCGGCUGGUGGAGGACAGCUUCUUGGAGCAGAUGGAUCGAGGCAAGCGGGAGGCGGAGGCGUUCAACGGAGGCUGAUAUUGUCGGAGGCCAAACUGAGAGAACGGGAGAGGUUUAAGAGGCUGGAGGUGCAGUCCCAAGGAAGCACAAAUCAUGAAAAGCCUUCAGCAGCUCCAGAAACUAAACAAAAUGUCGAUCAAGUGUGUGAACCUAAACCUGGAGGAGAAGUGAAAGAGGAAGCAACAGAGGCUAGAAACCCGCAAGCUUGUCAAGUGAUACAUCCUCAAAUACACAAACAAAAAGAUCCUCCGGGCAGUGUUGAAGAGACCAAUGGACUCCGAAUGACAGAUUCUGACCACAAACCAGGUGGCAGAUCUGGCACAGAUAUACCUGUGGAUGAAGCCAGACACCGAAACCUCAAAAAAUGGUUUGAUCCUAAAAAAGACCCUUUAGCAUGGUCACCUGUUUCACAGCCAGAACCAGCCAGGACCUCAGUAUCUUCAGAGUCUCCAGGUUUGAGACCGCAAAUAGGCAGCAUUGACUCAGGGCCUGUUAAAGAGGAAGUUGUAGUGAUGCUUCCACCAGACUGGGAAGAUAUAGAAAGGAUCAGGCCUCAGGUGGUUUCUGCUCAAACCAGUGCUAAGAAAGCACAAUUAGAUCUUCAGCCUGGAGAUCCUCUAAUCACUGGCCUCAAAGACAGGAGCGGGUUUCCUAUCCUGCGCCUCCCGUCAAG